ACUCAACAUCAUGGCAUCCGCAUCCACCACGCCAACGACGGGUCGCCCAGUAGUACUCGCAUCGCGAGAAUCGAAACUCGCUCAAAUACAGACUAUGAUCGUCGUCCAUGCUCUCGAGAACGCCUUCCCCUCCGACAAAUUCACUACAUCUUUCAUGACCACCGCAGGCGACAAGAACCAGUCGCAAGCACUUUAUCUUCUCGGAGGCAAAUCCCUAUGGACCAAAGAACUCGAGGUCGCGCUCAAGGAAGGGAUCGUCGACAUGCUCGUGCAUAGUCUCAAGGAUGUUCCGACGGUACUGCCGGAUGGGUGCUCGUUGGGCGCGAUCUUGGAAAGGGAGGAUCCGGCGGAUAGUCUGGUCGUGAAGGCGGGUUUGAAGGUGAAUGGGAAGGAAGUGAAGACGCUGGAUGACUUGCCGGAGGGAAGCGUCAUAGGGACGAGCAGUGUGCGGAGGGUGGCACAGCUGAAGAGGAAGUACCCGCAUCUUGUGUUCAAGGAUGUCCGCGGAAACUUGACCACACGUCUAUCGAAACUCGAUGCCCCCGAUGGACCGUUCGCAGCUAUCAUCCUCGCAAAAGCAGGCCUCGUCCGACAAGACCUCGGAGGGCGCAUCGCCUCCGACAUCGUAGCUCCGACACUCUUCCACGCCGUUGGCCAAGGUGCCCUCGGAGUCGAAAUCCGCUCCAACGACACCAAGAUGAUCGCCUUCUGCAAAGCCCUCACGCACUGGCAGACUCAAUGGAAAUGUCUCGCCGAACGCGCCUGCUUGCGUGUGCUCGAAGGAGGGUGUAGCGUCCCUGUGGGCGUGCAUAGUGAGUUAGAGGUGAUCAAGGAUGAGGGCGAAGGAUCGCGGGAGGCGAGAUUGGUGAUUGUUGGGUCUGUGACUUCGAUCGAUGGACAGCAGCAUGUGGUGGAAGAGCUGAAAGAGGUGCUCAGGAGUGUGGAGGACGCGGAGGCCGUAGGAUCGAGGUUGGCAAGACAGUUGUUGGAUAGCGGGGGGAAGCAAAUUUUGGACGCAAUCACGAAGGAUCGGGAGACGAGGAUUGGGGAGGACAAGACAACAGAAGAAGUGCACAAAAUCGAGGAGAGGAUGGAAGAACAGACUGGGGCAGCGGCCGUAUAGGUUCGUGCUGCCUUCGAGUGGAUGUCGACCGUAUUUUAUAGAUUUUGUAUGCUUCCUGCUCAGUGCUAGUAGGUGUGUAUGUCUGGUGCGAAAGAAAUAGAAUUCGCAAUUC